CAACUCUGGGGUGGAAUGGCUAGAAACAGCUGCAUAUAACAGAGUCCAGGACAGCUUGAAUGAGCCCAAGAUGCGUCCAGCUCUGGGGUGGAGCUGCUGGGCCCCAGGCCCACCAUGCCCACCCCGGACUGGCUGGGCCUGUGUGUGAACGCAGGGGCAGCCGCCUUGGGCCUGCCAGUGGCCGGUGCUGCCCUGUUCCGCCUGGCCCGGCUCCCUCCAAGCCCCAGCCGCAUCUACCGCCUGCACCUGCUGCUGGCCGACCUGGCGCUGGGUCUCUGCUUACCCCUGCGUGCCCUGGAAGCCGCCUGGCCUGGCUGGGCCCCGCCGGGCCCCCUGUGCCCCCUGGCCACCCUUGGACACCUGGGUUCCCUCUACGCCGCUGCCUGCUUCUCAGCCGCGCUCAGCGCUGGGCGCUGCCUGGGCGCCGUCUACCCACUGCUGUACCGGCGCUACCGUCAGCCCCGCUACUCCUGCUUCAUCUGUGGGGGGCUCUGGGGGGUUGUGGGGGCCCAUGGUCUAGCCCUGGUGGCCCUCGAGACCCCCUCCACCUCCAAUGGGACCCUGGCCUCAGUUUGCCCUUCUGUGCUGCGCUUGGGCCUGCGCCUGGAGCUGUCCAUGCUGCUGUACUUCGUGCCGCUGGUGCUGGCAGCUUUCUGCACAGCUGGCUGCCUCCAGGCCCUGGCACGGUCCCGCCUGGGCCGGCGCCGUAAGCUGCGGGCCGCCCGCGUAGCGCUGGCCUCACUGGCCCUGCUGCUAGUCGCCUCGGGCCCCCACAAUGUGGCACACGUGGUGGGCUUUGCCCAGGGCCAGGAUGUGGCCUGGCGCCACCUGGCGUUGCUGCCCGCCGCUGCCACUGCUGUGCUGGACCCACUGUUGUGCCCAGCCAGGCUGUGCCUCAGUUUCCCUCCUUCUCUCCCAGGCAACAACUUGAAGCUAAAGGCUGUGGAGGGAGGCUCCGUGUGGGCGCUGUGCUCCGUGGACAGCAGCCCCCCAGCCCAGCUGACCUGGGGGUUCGGGGGCCGUGACCUCAACACCUCCCAGCUUGGAGCGGGGGGCAGUGAGGGCAUCCUGCAGCUGUUGAAACUCCACCCCGAGCACGCCGGGAACUACCAGUGCCAGGCCACCAAUGACCUUGGGGGCACCCAGUGGGGCUUCCAGCUGGUGGUGGAGUACAGCCCCCGCCCAGCUGCUGGCCCUGAUCCCGGCCUGUGGUGCAAGCACGAGCCUGGGGGACCGCGCUGCCACUGCUCCCUGCGGGCAGAGCCCCCGGCCCAGCUGCACUGGGAAGUGAAUGGGGCCACAGUGCCUGGUAAAGACCACCAGACCAAGGGGAACUGCACGGACAGUGCCAUGCACUGGGAGGGACCUGGGGACUCCAUCGUCGUCUGCAUUGGAUCCAACUACCUCGGCUCCUACGCGCUGCAGGGGUCCGUCCACACCCUGGCUGCAGAGGGAUCCUCCAGGCUGCUGGGUCUGGGUGCAACGAUAGGGGCUGGUGCCUUCCUCCUGCUCCUCCUCAUCAUCAUCACAGCCCUCCUGCUCUGGGGCUGGCGAUUAACUGCCCCGCAGGGGAGCAAGAAGCCCCCAGACCCCGGGGAGGCCCAGGCCGAUGACAUCAACCUAGUCUACAGCAAUGUCCCCACCAGGGGCCCCCCCAACCCAGCAGCCCCCCUGGACUCCCACAGCCAGGACGAAACCCCCUACGCCAACAUUGACUUCUCCCGCCUGCCGGCCCCCAGCACCCCCUGCGACCCCCCAGCCACUGAGUAUGCCCAGAUUCGCUGCAUGGACCCACCCCCCGGUCGGGCGUGAGGGACAUCAUCGGGGCAGUUGGGGGAGGGGCUGGGGGUCAGGAAUGAGGGGCACCAGCAGGGCCAGAUGGGGCAGGGGGCACCAUUCCCAUAGGGCUGGGGUUGGGAGUGAGGGGCACCCGCCCCCUUGGGCUGGGGGGCAAGUGGCCAGGGAGAUGGGAGUCCAGCCCCCUGCAGAUCCUUAUAUGGGAAAGGGGGUGGGGCUUGGUCUGGUCCUGGUGCAUUGUGGGAUACCUGCCCCAGUGCCUUGUAGGUAGUAGGGGGUCCAACACGCCCCCCUGUCCUAUCUACUUGGGCCUGAUGCAUUGUGGGUAACUGGCCUCCCUUGACCUUUACCCUGAAGCUUGUGCAUGGUGGGAACCUCCCCCACCAGCUGCCCCAGGGCAUUGUAGGAAGGCAUCCCCUGGGGCCCAGGGUAUUGUGGGUAAGACCUGGGAUGCCCCUGCCCUUGCCUUUGGGGGCUCUAGGCUGGUGCCUCGUGGGCAGAUAUUGAUCCCUGAGUCCUCCAGAAGCCUGGCGAGGUAUCCCAGCAUGCUUUGCAUUGGCCCCAGGCUUGGGAGGGGGGCUCCUUACAAUACAAUGUGUUGGUAUUUUGUGGCGUGAACGACCCAAAAAUGCAAUAAAAAACCCAAGAAAAUGCCCCCAA